AUGUCUAUUGAUUUGAAUACAAAUGGACAGGCUCUCAGCUCAGCUGUUCACUGUGUGCUAGAUGAAAAGUGGUCAUGGGUUAUAUUUGGUUAUAUGGGAUUAACAUACACUUUGGAUGUUAAAAACCAAGGUCAUGAUGUUGGUGAUUUUGUUAAUGAAUUCACAUCUGGGAGGGUUUUAUAUGGUUUUGUUCGCGUAACUGUAAAUUCGGCUCCUGCUAAAUUUGUUUUGAUUGCAUGGCAAGGAGAAGGGUCAUCUGAGAGUUUCAAAAUAGCAUGUGCAAGGCAUAUUGACUCUGUGAAACGGUUAUGUCGAACCGUUCAUCUUACGAUUCAGGCAAGAAGCGAAGCAGAUUUAGAUUGGAAUGAAAUUAUUACAAAAGUGGGCAAUUUAACGGGGACUGUUUGUAGCACUCAAGAAGUAAAGUCUAGUGAUUCCGAUGAUGAGUUCAUACCUAAAGGUUCUGUGUAUGAACGUGCUAAUCCAAAUCAAGAUAUUCCCAAGGGUUGUGUUUCACGAAGUAUUUGGCAAUCACAACAGCAAAAACAACAAGAUUCAUCAAAAGUAGUAUUUCCUGUGAAGAAAUCAAAGCCAUUUGGUUUGGGUCGACCAGUUUGUGCACCAGCUUCAAGUAAUAAUAUUACCACUACGACUACCACUCCUACUACUACCAAUAAUAAUGCUAAUCACAACGGUAAUGAUAGUAAUCACAUACAGCCUGUAAAUCGACCUCAAAAUAAUCUAAAGCCAAUACCACAAAAUGAAGUGACAACAACAAUUAAGAGUCGAAUUAAAGCUUUAGAAUCCAAUUUGCCAUCAAAUGAUGGGACAUCAGGUUAUCGAAAAGUUGAUCCACGUGCAGAAAUUAUGCUUGCUAGGAAACUGUCAAAUUCAACAUCUUUAGAUGAUAAUGAAGAUGAUUCAAAUCAUGUGGGAACAUGUUAUAAAAAACUAGAUCCAAGAUCUGAGAUUUUAGCAGCUCGGGCAUAUAAGGAAGCUCAUCAAUCUAUUUUCAAUAAUGAUGAACCUGUUGGUACUAAUUAUAAACGACCAGAUGUUGAAGCUGAAAUUCGUGCUGCCCGAUCAAAUGGUAUAAAUAAUUCAAAUAAAUGGGAAACACCAUUAACUGUUGAUACUAAGAAGUCGGAUGUUGUUAAUGGCUCAUCCAGUCAAAAUUCUGUUGGUUCAUCAAAGAACAAUUUCAGUCAGUCAUCAAUACAAAAAGAACAGGAGAAACAACAACAACAACAGCAACAGCCGUUGUCAUCACCUCCCCUCUCAUUAUCUCCCAUAGUUCAUAUAUCAAAUAAUCAAUUACACUGUAACAGUAUCCAACACACAAAUAACCAUAAUGACAGUAAUAAUAAUAAUAACACUAAUAACUAUAGUCAUCAUAAUCAAGUUCAACCUCAGGAUUCAUCUACAAAGUAUGUGUCACCAUCUUCACCUUCAGCACCAACGAGUACAGUACAACAAACGACAAAAGAGAAUCUUGGUUUUAAAGCGCUUUGCUUGUAUGAUUAUGUGGCCAAUGAAGACGAUGAAUUAUCCUUUCGUUAUGGGGAUGAAUUAUAUCGAAUUGAACAAAUUGAUGAAGGUUGGUGGCUUGGUCAAAAUGCUUAUGGACAAAUAGGAUUAUUUCCUUCUAAUUAUGUAAAGUUAGUGGCAAUCACAGAAAAUUAA